AUGAUCGAGCUCGACAGUACGACACAAGCAUACGCAUGCGGGCAGACCGCAAAGUGGGAAAAUCGCCAAACUUUUGAGGAGCGACAGGUCGUGGGCCAGGAAACAUGUCGAAGCCUAGCUGCUGCAGCGUCAAAUGCGGCUGCUAGCAUGCCAAAUUUGAGCACCUUCAUCAUCCUGGAUGCUGAAAGCAGUUAUGACAGACCUCUUGGCGUCGACAUGCUUCGCGUGCGAGAUGUUAUACGUAACCAAACGACCACGUUUCCUCUAUUCAAAGUUGAUAUGUCCCGGGAUAAGGACGCUCUGAUCGCCCGAAACGUCCUAAGAAAGCUCCCCGACGUCGAUGCCGGCAAUGAUAUCGUUGGGAAUAUCGCAGCAGUGGAGGUUUAUGCCAAGGGAGGUGUCUGGGGCAAUACAACAAGUGGCAGUCGGCUGCCCAUAUGUCUCAAGAACGAACCGGAAGCCCAUCGCCACCACUGGAGCAGUGAGUUGCCAUACAUGACGAAAGAGCAAUUCCUUGGGCUACCAGAACUGUUGAAUGUCAAGUUUUGGAGCAUGGAGAAGAAAGCAGGGAAGCAACUUGUACAAGCUCGCAUUCAAGAUGGGGUGGUCGACCUCGAGCCGUUGGUCAGGGACACCUACGAGUCGCCGCCACCCUCUGGUGAUGACGAAGAUGUUUUCGAUGAAAGUGAUCUUGAAUCGGGCUACGGCGAUCCCGAUUUUUGA